GCAAGGGUGUGAUGCGUACCCAAAUCCUGCGCCCUACGAGUAGACGAGUCAGCAUGCGGCAAUCGGGUUUAACGACGGAAAUGUGGACAUGCGGCCGCCCGCCUGUCGAUUGACCCUAGGAUCUUUCCCCGGCUUAGCUGCCCUCUAGCUGCACUGCUCUCAUUAUAAAUACGUUAUGCGACUGCCCCCCUCUGCAUGGUGGUUCGCACUGUCAUUUCUCACAGCUACUCCUCGCCGUGUCUCUUCGCCCUCCACGUCAGCCUCGUGCGUUUUCCCGCGUCAGAACGAUCCGCCGCCCGUUCAGCGAGUCUACGAACGCGCCCGAGGCUUGCCAAGGAGUCAAUGCCACGCGUGCUCAUACAUUUUCUGAGCCGUCAUCAUGGUAGCACCAGCGCUUUACCGCCACCCAACGAGGAGUGAGCUCAUCGACCUCGCCGCCGCUGAAGGUCACGAUGCAGAUAUUCCAAGCAACAUCGGUUCAUUGCCGGAAGAUUCUCGACAUACCACACGGCCAUCAAUCUCGUUGCACGAAGAAAAUAAUCACGCAGCAGCCAGAGAAAAGGACGUCGAGGGGGGCGCUAAGCCAGGGUCAAUAUCCAGUACGAAUGAAGCAGAAGAAGAGCCCGAUAACGAUCCAGACGUGGUCGAUUUUGAUGGCCCUGACGACCCAGAGAAUCCAUUGAAUUGGAGGGCCACGAAGAAAUGGGGCAUGGUAGCGUUAAUAUCGGCCAUUACUUUUCUAACACCGCUUGCGAGCUCACAAUUCGCGCCUGGAGUACCAGAUGUCAUGAGGGACUUCCACUCGACGGACCAAAUGCUCGAGGGCUUCAUGGUCUCUGUAUACGUACUUGGCUUCGCCUUUGGGCCGUUGAUCAUCGCGCCGUUAUCCGAGAUGUACGGAAGACUACCGCUAUACCACAGCUGCAACUUCUUCUUCAUUGUUUUCACGAUUGCAGCUGCUGUAGCAUCCAAUAUGGACAUGUUCAUCAUUUUCAGAUUCUUCAUGGGCUGCUUUGGAGGAGCACCUAUGGUUCUUGGAGGUGGGACGAUCGCCGAUUUGAUACCCCGUGAGCAACGCGGUACUGCAAUGGCCGUAUGGAUGAUGGGCCCAACUAUUGGACCAUGUGUAGGACCCAUCAUCGGAGGGUUCCUCACCGUUGCGAAAGGAUGGAGAUGGAACUUUUGGUUUGUCGCUAUAGUGGCUGGGGCGUUUUUUAUCAUGUCUCUCCUGCUCAUGAGCGAGACGUCCGGGGUUAUUAUCUUGCAGCGCAAGACCAACCGCCUUAGGGCUGAAACCGGCAACAUGAAGCUGCGCUCUAAACUCGAUAGUGGUCUGUCGCCCACAGACCUAUUUAAGUUUUCCAUCAUCCGACCCACCAAGAUGCUCUUCCUUUCCGCGAUAUGUUUCGCGAUAUCGCUGUACAUCGCCAUCACCUAUGCGUAUCUAUACAUCCUGUUCACUACGUUUACAGCCGUCUUCACAAAACAGUACGGCUGGCACGGCGGCAUCAUGGGCCUGUCAUUUCUCGGACUCGGCGUCGGUUCUCUAGUAGGACAAUUUAUCUACAUCCAUUAUGGCAACAAAAUCGUAAAUCGGCACAUCCAACGUGGCGAUUUCCGGCCCGAGCAUCGUCUCUACGUAAUGACCAUUGGUGGCUUUUUCAUACCCAUAGGUCUCUUCAUGUACGGCUGGUCCGUCCAUUUCCAUACGCACUACAUGGUUCCCAUCGCCGCUACUGGUCUCAUUGGGUUCGGGCUGCUAAUGACAUUCAUGCCUGCGACAACGUAUCUGGUGGAUGUUUUCACGAUACAUGCUGCGAGUGCGAUGGCGGCAAGUACGGUGCUCAGAUCCCUUGCGGCAGCUAUCAUCCCGUUGAGCAGUCAGACUAUGUAUGAACGGCUGGGGUAUGGGUGGGGAAAUUCGCUGCUCGGCUUUAUAGCGCUAGCAUUGGUUCCAAUACCUUUUUUGUUCAUCAAGUUUGGUGAGCGAAUCAGGGCAAGUAGUACGGUUAAACUAUAAUUCUAGGGACUGUGUUGUGGAGAAGUCUAUACCCUCUAGUAUGUAAUAAAAUCAUUGCCAUAUCUAGCUCAGUGCUAUCAACUACAUAACCUAGCGAUAAAACCAU